GAAAGGUGAGCGUCUUUCUGCCUCAUUAUUAAAGAAAUAAGGCUGUAAGAAGAGGAGGAAGAGGAGGAAGAGGAGGAGGUGUGAGGUGCUCCGGGAGUGGGCGACUUGUCAUUGCGGCGGUCAGUGACGGAUGCAAGAGGUUGGACUCAGUCCACUGGGAUGUUACUGAGCGACGAGGAUGGGUCAGAGAAGGAAAUCACGCCGGUGAGGCAAACAAGCCACCCCCCCAAAACCCAGUGCAGCUACACCGACUGACACCGCCAUGCCCCACCACCUGCCCUCCUGAUUCUCCUCCCCCCGACCUCUGCGCCUCCCCUCGGUCAAACCAGAGUCUCCUCUAACACCUCCCUGUCGAGUCAGCAUGGCUACGCCCUUCCUGUGGAAGCUGUCGUCCCAGAAGCUGGGCUUCUUCCUGGUCAGCUUCGGGUUCAUCUGGGGCAUGAUGCUGUUGCACUUCACCAUCCAGCAGCGAGCGAGCCACGAGAACAGCGCCGUGCUGAGGCAGCAGAUCCUGGACCUCAGCAAGCGCUACAUCAAGGCCCUGGCGGAGGAGAACCAGAGUGUCAUGGAUGGGCCCUACGUGGGUACCAUGACGGCUUACGAUUUGAAGAAGACCCUCGCAGUGCUGCUGGAUAACAUCAUGCUGAGGCUGGGCAAGCUGGAGUCCAAGGUGGAGAACAUCUACAACGGCACGGGGGGCAACCUGACCAACGGCACCAGCACCGCCACACCCAGCGCCACAAACUCUGAAAAAGUUAACGUGGCAGACCUCCUAAAUGGAGCCCAGGAGAAGUGUGAGCUGCCGCCUUUGGAGGGCUUCCCUCACUGCGAGGACAAGGUCAAGUGGAUGAGGGAGAUGUGGCACUCCGACUCCUGCUACGGCAACUACGGCGUAGAUGGAUCCACCUGCUCCUUCUUCAUCUACCUCAGUGAGGUGGAGAACUGGUGUCCUCGCCUGCCCUGGAGGACCAAGAACCUGAAUGAGGAAAUAGACAGGAGGGGACAGGCGGAGGUGCGGACCAGCUUCGAGGAGCUCUACCGCGUGAUGUCGCAGCGCGAGGAGUUCCGCUGGAUGAUGCUGCGGAUCAAACGCAUGGCUGAGCCGUGGGUCGCCGCCAUCCGCUCGCUGGCCGGCAAACAGAACCUGGCCAGGCGUCGGAGGAAGAAGAUCCUGGUGCACUUGGGCCUGCUGACCAAGGAGUCGGGCUUCAAGAUAGCAGAAAACGCCUUCAGCGGCGGCCCGUUGGGCGAGUUGGUCCAAUGGAGCGACCUCAUCACCACGCUGUACCUGCUGGGCCACGAUGUUCGCAUCUCAGCCUCCCUGGCCGAGCUCAAAGAGAUCAUGCGCAAGGUCAUGGGGAACAAGUCCAGCUGCCCCACCCAGGGCGACAAGGUGGUCGAGCUCAUCUACAUUGACAUCGUGGGCCUCACCCAGUUCAAGAAGACGCUGGGGCCGUCCUGGGUCCACUACCAGUGCAUGCUGCGGGUGCUGGACUCGUUCGGGACGGAGCCGGAGUUCAACCACGCCCACUACGCCCAGUCUAAGGGUCACAAGACGCCGUGGGGGAAGUGGAACCUCAACCCGCAGCAGUUCAACACCAUGUUCCCUCACACCCCAGACAACAGCUUCCUGGGCUUCGUAGUGGAGCAGCACCUCAACGCCAGCGACAUCAGGCACAUCGAUGACAUCAAGAGGCAGAACCAGUCGCUAGUCUACGGCAAGGUCGACAACUUCUGGAAGGACAAAAAGAAAUACCUCGACGUCAUCCACAGCUACAUGGAGGUACACGGCACCGUCCACGGCACCGUGCGCGGCACCGUGCACGGCACCAGCACCUUGCACCUCCCGAGCUACGUCAGGAACCACGGCAUCCUGAGCGGCCGAGACCUGCAGUUCCUCCUCCGAGAGACCAAGUUGUUCGUGGGUCUGUCUUUCCCCUACGAGGGCCCCGCCCCCCUGGAGGCCAUCGCCAACGGCUGCGCCUUCCUCAACCCCAAAUUCAGCCCUCCGAAGAGCAGCAAGAACACGGACUUCUUCAAGGGCAAACCCACGCUGAGAGAGCUGACCUCGCAACAUCCGUACGCCGAGGUGUACAUCGGUCCACCCCAUGUGUGGACGGUGGAUAUCGAGAACUCUGUGGAGGUGGAGAAUGCCAUCCGCUCCAUCCUCAGCCAGAAGAUCGAGCCCUACCUGCCCUACGAGUUCACCUGUGAGGGGAUGCUGCAGAGAGUCAACGCCUUCAUCGAGAACCAGGACUUCUGCCACGGUCAGGUGAUGUGGCCGCCUCUCGGCUCCCUGCAGGUGAAAUUGGCCGAGCCGGGCCGCACCUGCAAGCAGGUGUGUCAGGAGGAGCAGCUCAUCUGUGAGCCGUCCUUCUUCCAGCACCUCAACAAGGACAAGGACCUGGCCAGGUUCGGCAUCGACUGUCAGACGGUGGAGUCGAGCUCGGACACGGUGGUCCCGGCCUACAGCGACACCCGCCGCCACUGCAUCUUUCAGGCGGACCUGCUGCUGUUCAGCUGCGCCGGCGCCCACCAGACGCUGAAACGCAUCUGCCCCUGCCGCGACUACAUGAAGGGCCAGGUGGCGCUGUGCAAAGACUGCCUAUAGCAGCGACACGCCGGCUGACGGGAGGAAAAGGAGGGGAGUGGAUUCGGGGCGCUGCCGGAAGCAGCUUCACGAGUGUGUGUGUUUGAGAGAGCUGUCAGUCAAACACACACACAACAGACUUUUGUGGGAAGCUGUCUGGACAGAUUCACCGGACUGCGUCCGUUCAUCAUAUUUAUUGUUUCCCCCAGCUGCUGGAGGCGACCCCGAGCAUCCUCUUGAUUCACCGGCGGCGGCGCCGCGGCACCUGGAAGCGGUGUGAAAUUACUUGAAUCAACAAAGGGAGUUUAAAACGGAGGCGAACGAGCUGCUGCCUCCUUGGUAGACUGCACAUAUCAGUGACUGCCUGCCUGUUUGUCUUCAGGUUCAUCAGGGCAGCAAGGGACCAAGGGAGGAGACUCGACCGCCUCGUCACGACAGCCGCCGCGCCGCGCCCCCUCCACUCCAACCCCUCCGUCCUCCGCCCCUGGUUCCAAUCUGAAACUGUUUAUUUAGGUAGGUUUGCACUGGACUAGCUUGCCUGAAGGCCCACACACACACACACACACACACACACACACACACACACAUAGACGCACACACACAACAGACGGCGGCUUAAGAAGAACCCAGUUUUACACUGUAAUCAACUCUGAUGAGAGCGGACAUGUAACGUAGAUAUCUAGAUUUUUAUUCUGGACGUUUUUCCCGACAAACACACAAACCGCGAUCCCUUGAUUUUCAUACAUUCACUUUUAAAUUGCACAUUUGUUUUAAACGUUUGUUUUAUUUAAAAGAAGAUGUGUGUUUCUACAAAAGGCCAGUAGAGGAGCGUGAAAAUGUUUUUGUUGGACUGUUUCAGCAGCAUCCGGUACGACACGCACACACACCGAGGGUCGUUCUCUGUAGCUAAAGCUGAGUCGUAGUGACGUCGUAGAUGAUAGACCGUCGUCGGUAGCGGUGGUGACACCUAGACGCGAGGAAGCCUUAACAACACGUGUUCCAAAGACUCCACAGCCUGCAGAGAAACUGUUCGUCUGCGUCUUAACGUACACAAACUGUUAAUACAUGAACCCGUCUCCCGUCUACCAGACAAACAGCUGUAAAUCCUUUCAUGCAAAGCAACAAAAACAUGCCAACAAAGCGUUCCAAGAACCUCGCAUCUCCUCGUUUUUCUUUCCAUAAUUUGCCUGCAGAUUUGCGAAGAAAAAAAAAAUAAAUUCAGAUAAAAGUCGUAGUUGUUGUGGUGAAUGGGGGAAUAAAAAUGCACUACGGUAAUUUGCAGAGGUUUUAACAAGAUAUUAGUAACACUGUAUAUUGUUCAUAAGGGUUUUUUUCUUUUUUAUUUAUUUUGUAUACAGAUCUUUAUCUCUGUGUUUUUGCUGGAAAUCUUUGUUUUUUUAUUUAUCGGAGGGGUGUCUAUUUUUUUUUUUUUUCCUUUUAUAGAUUUUUUAUUUAUGGAGAGUAAUUUAAAAAAAUUAAAAAAAAAAAAAAGCUUGCUUGUCUUCAAGUGUAUGACCGAGAGAGAGGGGGAGGCUUUGUCUGCUUCUGUUCAGCUUUCAGCAGUGAAAAGAUGUUAUAUUUAGGGCUUAAAAUUUAUAGAAAAUGUUUUAAUUAGGGCUGUCAAUUGAUUAAAAUAUUUAAUCGCGAUUAAUCACACAUUUUUUAUCUGUUCAAAAUGUACCUUAAAGGGAGAUUUAUCAAGUAUUUAAUACUCUUAUCAACAUGGGAGUGGGCAACUAUGCUGCUCCAUGCAAACGUGUGUAUAUAUUUAUUAUUAGAAAUCAAUUAAUAACACAAAACAAUGACAGAUAUUGUCCAGAAACCCUCACAGGUACUGCAUUUAGCAUAAAGAAUAUGCUCAAAUCAUAACAUGGCAAACUGCAGCCCAACAGGCAUUGCAUUAACUUUGACAGCCCUAGUUUUAACAAUCAAAAUAUUUUACUCCUUAAAAAGCUAAAAACUUGCAUGAGGAUUGGUUUUAAACUGAAAUUUUAGCCAGAUUUUAACUACAGAACAAGAAUAGUCUGAAUCUUUUCAUCAUCACUGUCUGUUUAAAAGCUGCACAGCCGUGGACAAACGUUUCCCAGCGACAGCCGGCAGGAGCCUCAUACACUCUGUGCUUUGAUUUCCAAUCUCAGUUUUUCUGUUUGCACAAAUUUCAGACUGAACGUCCAGCUACAGGACACCACCUGUACUGCUUCAUUGUGUCAGCUCAGACUGUUUUUAAUUAUUUUUUUAUUUACAUUUGUAAACAGGUCCGUGAUCUGCCGCCAAGUUUAGUGUUUUCAAAGAACAUGAUGUGCCUUUUCAUGGUUUAGUCCGGUUUGAUUGCCAGCGAGUUGUUUCGGUUUGACAGUCGGCCGUCAGAAAAAAACACACUCGUGAUGCAGCCUUCAGUCCCAAAUUUAUCUCCACAAAUCAGCUAAAGGAAUCUCUUUCCUCGAUCAGUUUCACUGUUCAAAAUCUUUUUUUUUAAAUCUAAUUUUAAUUGAAUUAGUCCAAACCUUGUGAUUUGUCAAAUUUGGUUGCUCCAGUUGGAAAAAGUGUAACUGAUUCACACAACUACAGGAGAGGAUAACACCAGUGUUCAUUCACUUCAGCUAAUGUUUGCCAUACAUUCUUAAAAACAUGUUUUAUAGUAACUAGAUUAGCCACUUCCAGCUGUAAUCUGAUUUCACAAACAUCCAUGUAAACACAUAAUCUGGUCCCCUUUUCUACAUCCAUUCCUGCUGUGUAGGUUCAGACUCUAAGAAGGCUGCAGCAGUCAUACAGUGGUGUUAUCCUUUCAUUGAAGCUGGGCAUACUAGAAAUCUAAACCAAUAUUUAAACUUGGCUUACUUUAUUUUUCAAUUAAAAGUGGGUCAAACCUGUUUUUUUGCAGUAAAAGCCUUAUUUACGUUGUUAUUGUAAGCAUGCUGUCGAUCACAUUAUCAACUGUUUCUAUUGAACAAAGUGGUUUCUUCACCAUAUCUGUCUUUGUUAACCUCAGCAGCGAAUGUCUCCAUUGUAAAAAAGCUACUUACAGUCAUACGAACAUGUACCAAUCUUUGUUUUUCAAUCUCAACCUUGUUUGAAUCUGUCAGUUAGCAUCCAGAUUGUGGUCCAAGCAGCGAACGGUGAAUAACGCAACGACAACAACUCUUUUUUUUGUUUCUGUUUUCACAGUCCUUGACGAGUAAGAGGGAUAUAACUUUAUUUUUAAAUAAACCUUUUUUCUGUGACAAAAGG